UAUUGAUGAUUUUCGUUUGUUCUGUUUCGUUUGUUGUUCUCUGUUUUUCUCACUAUAUUCAUUCUCUUUUGUCAAAUCAUUUCAGGAUAAUUCAUUGAUUAAUGAAUAUCGAUUGAUCGAAUGAUUUUUCUGUUGUUCUGUUUGGUUGAUUCGUUCGACAAAUCAAUAAUUUCUUUUUGUUGUGUGUGGAUGAGAUUCGCUCUUUGACAUUAAUUUUUUUUCACCUGUUUUUUCUUCUGCAAAAAAAAACACCGACAUUAACACUACAUUAUCCAUCGUCAAUUAAAACACCAAUUAGAUAAAUAAAUUAAUCAAUGAUGAAAGUAAUUGCACUUUAUGAUUUUCAAGCACAGCCUGAUACGGGUGAAAUUUCCAUUAUAAAAGAUGAAAUGAUUACGGUCACCCGUCAAGAUAUUGGUGAAGGAUGGUGGGAAGGUAUUAAUUCACGUGGACAAAAAGGUCUUUUUCCUGCUGAAUAUGUUUCGCCUGUUGCUGUUUCUCCUCCUAAUGCUACUGUUGAUUCAGCAAAUUCAACAACAAAUGAUUCAUGGAAUCGACCAUUACCAGAUCCAAAACCAACAAUGUUAUCGUUUGUAAAUCCAGCUACUGGUACAGCGAUUAUCAAUAAUAAUAAUAAUAACAAUAUUGAAUCAACUACAAAUCAACAACCAUCCCCACCACAACAACUAAGUGUUAAUAAUAAUAAUAAUUAUGAUCAAAAUGCAGCUGCUGAAGAUGUUGAUUGGGGUGAUGAUGAUUGGGAUGAUGAUGAUAAUGAUAGUCAAACUUCGGAAUUUACAGCUGAUUAUUAUUCACCAACAAAUUUACCACAAAAUCAACUUGCACCGAUUAAUAUUCAUGGUCAUAAUCAUAAUAAAAAUUCUUCAGCGGGAGGACCAUCGAUAAAAAAAAGUAUAAAUAGAUUUUCACAUUUUGUUAAAUCUGGUGGUGAAGAUUAUAUAUUAGGUUUGAAAACAUAUAAUGUUAAUCAAAAUGAUUUGAUUCAUAUUGUUUUUGAUAAUGAUGGCUUGUUGAAAUGGGCUCCAACAUAUUUUAAUGUUACGGUUAAAGUUGAAGAACCACAAAAAGAAAGUAAAAUGAAAGGAUUGAAAAGUUUUAUUGCUUAUCGGUUGACACCAUCUGAUACCGGUGUAUCGGUCAAACGACGUUAUAAACAUUUUGAUUGGCUACAUGAACGUUUGCAGGAUAAAUUUACCACCAUACCAAUACCAUCAUUACCGGAUAAACAAAUUUCGGGCCGUUAUCAAGAUGAUUUUAUUGAAAAUCGUAGAAAACAGCUACAAUCAUGGGUUGAAAGAAUUUGUCAUCAUCCUGUUCUUUGUCAAUCAACUGUUUGGAAACAUUUUAUCACAUGUAAAGAUGAUAAACAAUGGAAAAAUGGUAAAAGAAGAGCUGAAAAAGAUGAAUUAGUUGGUGGAAUGUUUUUUUUAACAAUUCAAAUACCUGAAAAUGCUACGAUUGAUCGUAAUACUGAUCCAUUGAUUGAACAAUUUGUACGUUUUAUUGGUAAAUUAGAUGAAUCAAUGAAAAAUACAUAUAAUGUUUCACAAGAUAUGAUAAAACGUUAUCAAUCAUUUUAUAAACGUGAAUUUUCCAAAAUAAGUAGUAUAUUUUCAACAUUAAGUGAAUCAUUUGAAACAUGUCCAGCAAAAGAUUCACCAGCUAAUCGUUCAUUAAUACAGGCAAUAAAUUAUACUGGAGAAACAUAUGAAACAAUUGGAAAAUUAUUUGAAAAACAAGAUUGUCGUGGUUUUGUUCCAUUAUCAAAUCUAAUGCAUGAAUAUCGUGGUAUAUUAACUGCAUGGCCAGAAAUUUAUCAAGUUUAUAAAGGUUCAAUAAAUAAAAAACGUGAACAUAAAAAAGCACGUGAUGAAGGUAGAUUAGAUGAUAAAUCAUUAAUGGGUAUUGAAAAACGUGCAGAUGUUGUUACAUAUGCAACAAUUGCUGAAAUGAAUCAUUUUGAACAAGAACGUAUUAAUGAUUUUAAUCAGGUAAUGCGUGAAUUUCUUACCGGUCAAUUAAAAUUGAUAACCGAACGUGCAAAUCCAUAUUUUGUCCUGCAAAGACGUUUAGGACAUGGAACCAAAGGUUUUUCAUCGCUGUUGGUCGGUACCAUUGAUUCGGUUUUCGAUACAAAGCCAUUACCAUUCAGAAUUUUGCAUCAAAUUUCCAAUUCGGAUACAACAUACAUCAUUGCUGCAUCAUCUAGUUUUACUGAAAUACUACAAGAUUGGGAAUAUAUUGAAAAUCAUCUAAUGCCAACAUUAACAAAUUUUGAAAAUGAUUCAGAUGUAACUGAUUUUAUUAAAUGUAAAAUUGAAAGUCUUUUACAAAUGAUUAUUGAUCAAAAUUCCUUGGAUAAUGAUAAUCAAUCAACAACAAAAGAUGUUAUAUCAUCAGUGGCAAAAUUUAUUAAAUUAUUCGCGAUGCCUGAAGAAGAAAAACUUGUAAAUUAUUAUUAUUGCAGUUAUUUUAAAGGUUCAUUUCCACGACAAGGUUGGCUUUAUAUAAGCAUCAAUUAUCUGUGUUUUUAUUCAUAUAUUUUUGGUAAUGAAAUUAAAAUCAUAAUCAAAUGGAUUGAUGUUAAGCAUCUUGAAAUUGAUAAUCCACGUUUUUUCCCUAAUAGUAUAUUGGUAAACACUAGAACAAAAAAAUAUUUAUUUUCAAUGUUUUUGAAAGCAAAUGAAGUUUAUUCCCUAAUGGAACAAUUGGUUAAUCUUGCUAUGAAAUCAUUGAUUUCGGAUGAAAAACAACAUUUGCUUGCUAUCGAUAAUACAAGUGGUGGUCAUAAUAAUAAUCCGAAUAAUAAAUCAAAAAAUUCACAAGGUUUUUCGAAAAAAAUACUUAAACGUGAUUUGGAUGCCCGAGCAAUGUGUGAAAAUUAUAAAAUAACAUUCCGUUUACCAAUGGAUGAAAAACUUGAUGGUACAUUACCAUGUACAUUAUGGACACCAUAUAAUAAACAACAUGUUUGGGGUAAAAUGUAUCUUUCAAAUAAUUAUAUUUGCUUUGAAAGUCGAGUUUUAAGCCUUUUGUCAUUGAUAAUACCGAUGCGUGAAAUUCGUUCGGUUGAAAAAUUAGACAACAGUACAAAUUGGCCUGUAUGGAAUAAGGCAAUAGUGAUAACAUUAAGCAAAACUAAUAUCAUAUUUGAUCAUGUUGAAGAUCGUGAUUUUUUGAUUGGUAAAAUUGUUAAAAUGUUGGCUCGUUUGGAUUAUACUAAAAGUGGUGAAGGUCUUGAUGUACUUGGCCGUGAAAAUCGUCAACUUCGAUCCAGUUCAUGGUCAAUUGAACCGGCAUUAAAUAAAAAAUUUUCAUUCGAUAAUAUAUCACCGGAAAAUGAAGCAAAAGAAUCGGUUAAAUUAAAUUUAUGGCAAUUACAUUUUAUUGAAUAUGGUCGUGGAAUAAUCUGUUACCGGGUGGCAAAAACACGUGAUCUUAUUUUACAAGGAAUACCGGAUGAAUUACGAAAUGAAUUAUGGUUACUUUAUUCGGGUGCUAUUAAUGAAAAAGAAACAAAUCAAGGUUAUUAUGAAGAAUUGGUUGAAAAUUCAAUGACUGUACAGAAUAUUGCAUCGGAUGAAAUUGAACGUGAUCUACAUCGAUCAUUACCUGAACAUCCUGCAUUUCAAUCCGAUAUUGGUAUCAAUGCAUUACGUAGAGUAUUGAAAGCAUAUGCAUAUAGAAAUCCAAAUAUUGGUUAUUGUCAAGCAAUGAAUAUUGUUGCUUCUGUUUUUCUUUUAUAUGCAAAUGAAGAAGAUGCAUUUUGGUUAUUGGUUGCAUUAUGUGAACGUUUAUUACCAGAUUAUUAUAAUAAAAAAGUUAUUGGUGCUUUAGUUGAUCAAGGUGUAUUGGAAGAAUUAGUUAAAGAUUAUUUACCUGAACUUUAUAAUCAACUAUUACAUUUGGGAAUUUUAUCAAUGAUUUCAUUAUCAUGGUUUUUAACAAUAUUUCUAAGUGUUAUGCCAUUUGAAUCAGCUAUAAAUAUUGUUGAUUAUUUUUUCUAUGAUGGUGCAAAAGUUGUAUUUCAAAUUGCCUUAAGAAUAUUGAAUGCAAAUGAAGAAUCAUUAAUGAAAUGUAAAGAUGAUGGUGAAGCAAUGACUGUAUUAAGUGGUUAUUUGGAAAAUAUUAUCAAUCCUGAAGCAAAAGUACCACAUAUGGUACAUUCAUUUUCAUAUGGUACGGCAAGUAAACGUGCUAGCCAAAAAAUGACCGAUAUUAAAGAUCUGAUUAAUGAAUCAUAUACAAAAUUUAAUUUUAUAACAGCAAAUCAAAUUGAAAAAUUGCGAUUAAAACAUCGUAUGAAAGUUGUACAAAAUUUGGAAGAAAAUUCAAUUAAAAAUACUAUUCGUACAUUACAAAGUAUACCGAUUAUUUCGCAAUAUUUAUCAUAUGAUGAAAUUUUCACAAUGUAUAUGAUAUUGAAAGAAGAACAACUGAAACAACAAUAUUGGGGACAAAUCAAUUCAACAACAUUAUUGGAUAAAAAAGAUAAUAUUUAUACAUUUAAAAUUGAUAUUGAACAAUUUCGUUGUUAUUUCAUACAAUUUAUACCAUGGAAUUGUGAUAAUAUUGAACAUCUGAUCAGUAGGGUUUUUAAUUUUCUUGAUGAAAAUCAUUCGAAUACGAUUGGUACAUAUCAAUUAUUAAUAUGUAUGAUUAUUUUUAUAAAAGCUGAUGCAGAAUUACGGUUAAAAUUUUUAUAUGCAAUACAUUUAUUGGACAGGGGAAAUACCGGAUUAUCAUCAUUGAAUGAUGAUAAUGGUAAAUCUAAUAAUGUAGUGGAUGAUCAUGUUGAAACUGCAUCCGAAGCUAUGGAAUUUUUUCAAGAUAAACCAUCACCACAGAAAUCGUCAUCAUCAAAAGAUCCCGGAGCAGAUGAUGAUAAUCAAGAUGAACCACCACCACCACCAAAAGAAUUUACACUUUCCUGUUUUCUACAUUUAUUACCAAUACAAAAAUUACAUCGAACUUCAAGCAUGACCUAUACUUUAUCACAACAACAACAACAACAAUUGAAUAAUUUUGAUAAUGGUGAUGAAAAACAGCAUUUUAAAUAUCAAAAAUUACCAAACAUGAAUGAAAUGCAAUUCAUACGUUUAUGGAAAACAAUGUAUGAUAUAUUUGCAUAUGAAACAAAUGAACAACAUAUAUUUGAUUGUAUUGCACGUGUUGGUAAUGAUUUACUGCGUCAUGGUUAUCUAACAUCAUUAGCGAUUGCUGAACGUGAAAAAAAUCAACAACAACAACAACAACAAGAAGAAGAUAAAGAAACAAUAAAAUCCGAUAAUACUAGUUUUCAGACAAUUAGUGAUGAUGAUUUAAAAAUUAUUGAUGAUUUAUCGAUAAAAAGUUUUAGUAGUUGUUCAAGUGAAAAUAAUAAAGAAAUUAUGAUGAUGGUUGUUGAUGAAUCAUCUGCAUCAGUGACAAAUGCAGAUUCUACCAAAACAAAUGUUGAUCGAAAUCAUCACCAUCACCAUCAUCAUCAUCAUCAUCAUGAACCAUUAAAUUGGCAAAUAAGUUUUGAACAAUUUUUUAGCCUAUUACAUACUGAACAAACAUUAAUAGAUUUAUUUGAAAAAAAAUCCGAUUGGUCGAUUGUAAUGAAUAAGAUAAAAAAUCCGGAUAAUUUUGAUCGUUCACCAAGUGUAACUAUUGGUCCAUCAACAACAACAACAACGACCACAAAUCCCUUGUCAACCAAUUCAACAACAACCUGAGCUUAUUAUUUCGAAAAUACCGAAGAAAUUCAUUCAUUUGCGAACACAGGGGAUAAAAAAAAUCAUCGUUAUAAAUUCAAUAUUUUAUUUUCUUAAAUUCCACCCUCAAUUCCUUUCAUAAUUAUAUAAUAAUUUUUUUUAU